AUGUCGGCUUCAAAGCGCGUGCCAACUUUCGGUCCUCCGCGAAUCCCUCCUCGGCCAGACACUCCACAUUGGCGACAUCGAAAAACGACUCAAAAUGUCGCCAUUAUCAACUCGCCAAUUGUUGAAUCGCCAAUUGCGCAGCACUUUGCUCGCAAGAUUGUCAAGCGCGGUGCUAGAUUCGCGGAGCGCACUGCUAUUGGACGAAAGUUGGUCAACACUUGCGGCGCCGCUCUCAAAACACUGCCAAUUCCUAAGCUCGCAAGCGAGCUACGAGCAAUCAAGAAGAAUCCGCCACAUUUGAGCACUCAACUCUUCAUGGGUCAGUAUACGGCUUCGUUCAAGCUCACGCCAACACGCUACGCCGCGAUUGAAGAGGGCAUUCUCGCUGCACAUCGCCAUAGCGCAACACCAACUCGCGAUUCGCCAAAAGCACUGCCAGCACCACCAAAAGACUCUCCUCUCGUCAUUAGCGAGGAUGGAGUUUUCUUUCCGUACACUGCGCUUCAAAAAUCGCCAAUUGCAGACACAUCUUGCGCCACAUCUUCUCCUCAAGACAACAACAACAACGACCGCUCUACUCGCCGCCGCAGCGCUGAGCGCAUUCAAUUUGACGAUCUUCCGAUGAGCACUCGACGAAAAUCGCAGCCGCGACAGCCCGAUUCUGAGCAAAAGAAGUUGGUCACUCCUGACGCGAUUCAGAAGCUCAUUGAUGAUAAAAAGUCGCGUGAUAGGGCAGCGUCGGCGGCUCGGAAGAAGAGCGGCAACGGGCUUCAACGAUCCAUUGAGCGCCGCGGAAACAACUUUUACGACGACGGCGAAGACGCAGAUCAGGUCGCCGAGCGUUUUGGCACAAGUCUGCAUGUUUCUGGAUCGGACGUCGAGUUGGCAAACGAGGUCGAUCGACGGCGAGUGCGCGCAGAGAGCAAGCGCGGUCGCGAGUCUCCGUGUCCGUCUUAUGAAGCGGCUAUGCGACAAUCGUGCGAGACUUCCAUGAAUCAGCAGCGGCCGACGAUUGUUCCGCCGCGAAACUUGAGCCAGAAAAGAGGUCGUUCUCCAGUACGCCGCCGCAGCGGGCAACAGCGCUCAAGCCCUGAUCUUCAACGUCGCCGAGAAAAAGACUGGCGCUCUACGCCCAAGUAUCCCCAGGAAACUGUGGUUCAGCCGCCCCGCGAGCCUGGCAUCGAACAUCCGCAAAAACCCGUUAAAUUGGGCAAGGCUCAAAUGCCGUUUUUGCUCAAUUGGAAUCGAGAACAACCGCACGAUUCCAUCCACGCUUAUAUGCCGGCAUCUGUGGAGCCGCUCAACUCGAUUCGAGGGCCUGGAGCAACAUCGUCGCCCAUCGGUUUCCGGGCAAUGGGCCGAGGGCAUUUUCGGAACCCGCUGGAAGACACGACAGCUUUGGAAGGUCCCUCGUGGCUUUUGAAUCGCCACCAAUUGCGCGGAAUUUUCGCUAUUGCGUACGAUACGCGCAAUGGCCUUCGACCGUCUUUGGCAGACGGCUACUUUGGAGCUUUUCUUCAAAAAUUGGCGAUGAUUUGCGAAGCGGCUGGAGCAGACGUCGGCGAGGCCGUAGAAGAGCACAUUGCUCUCAUCAACAACCAUCACGUGUACACGACCCUCGACAUGUAUUGGACAUUUCCGGGCCAGUUCAGAGGCGAAGAGCUUCAAUGGAAAGCGCUUGGAAGUUUCUACGCCGACUUUGCCAUCGACGCGUUUGGCCAUUAUUACAUCCAUAAAUUGUAUUUAUGGGUGAAAUAUGACGACAAGUGGCAAAUUGUCGACAUCAACAGCCGACGCCAGCUUGGACACCCUGCCAAUGUUCUGCGCUACUUGAACGUCGUCAAAGCCAAGACGUUUUAUCCUUGGCCAACACCUGCCACCACUUCUUUCUCGCAUUACAAGAGUCAAUUGCUUCUGUGCGCAGGCUUUGUGCCUUUGACAGUGACUCCGCCCUAUGCAGAAGCCAGUCGACAAUUUAUUUCGGACUCGUUUUUCCAAUUUGUCGGGCUCAGCUGUGCAAUCAUGCAACCUCCUUGUGACGCGCAAAUUGGGGCUCUGAAUGACAAUCUCGAGCUGCGAAUCUGGCGUUCGAUUCCGUCAGCGAUGAGAGUCGAUUUGCUUGGACCGUUUGGCGGUGGCGAAGGAACUCGAACUGCUACUCGCAUUAUCGCCGAGCGUUUCAACGCCAUCCAAAACAAGAUGGACAUGGUGUUUCGAGAUCGCGCCGAGGCUGAAGCACCACCAGAGCAUCACCGUCAUCAGGCGCAAUUGCCGAAUGACAAUGGCGACGACGAAGCAGCCAUAGCCGCCGCCCUAGGAUACUUACGAUCGGCUCUGCCGCCAGUGUUUACUCGCAUCGACGAUUUCAUCCCCACUGAAGAAGCGCUCAAGAUGAUCUUGUUUGCGAGCUGCACGACUGCUCCCACAGAGGACGUUUAUUUUCUGUCCUUGUUUGGAGUUCAACGACAGUUGUCCUCGGCGCUAAUCACUCAACACGCAAGUCAAAUUUUCCCGAAUGUAAUUGACUCUGCGCUUGAAAACGCUCGGGAGACGCGUUCGCGACUUCGUCGCGAUCUCACACAAGUUGCAGCCGACGAGCAUUCUGAUCUUCACGAGUUCAACAGCCAUGAAGAGUUUUGUGCAGUGUAUCCUGAUCACUCGCAUUGCGCGGUGCCAACAACAACAACAAACAAUCCACCGCCGACCAUAUCGGCGCCUACAACUGCGUCUACUACGCAAGAACCGACUUCCACUCUUUCUGAGGCGCUUCUGGGAAUCAAUUCAACGAUUUCUUUGAAUUCAAAUGCGACUGCAACAUCUGGAGGUUAUUCGAGUUCAACGCCGGUUCCGCGAAUUGUGUUUCAUCCCAGCGGCAUGGAAAAUUCCACUGGCAAGAAAAAAUCAAGAGCUCAUGAGCGUUUUUUAUCGCCUUUUCGAACCAAGGCUUCAACUGCUCCAAACGGCGGCGAUCACAAGUACCAAGAAACGCCAAUAGAUGAUCCUGACGAAUGUGUCGAGUGCGAAAAACAGUCACCGCCGCCGCCGCCGCCGCAACAAGAUAAAAGUGAUCUAAAAUCGGAGCCGCCGUCAAGUGACGCCGCACGUAAACUCCCCCCUGAGCCAAUGGUUUAUUACAGUAGCAGCGAAGAUGAAAGCCGCUUUCAGCAGGUAUCUCUUGACGACAAUGUCAAGAUCGAAAAUGUGACUCUGGAAGAUUUUGGCGAGCCUCUCCCUCCUGUGCACAAAUUGCUUCGAUGUUCUUCCUCCUCGUCGGAUGAUGAGGAAACUGCGCCGGAGCUUGAAAAGCCCAAAAUUCCAUCCCAGAAGAAGACCCAGCUAGCCACGAUUGUGGAAAAUUCCGACAGCGAGACAGAGUAUACACUUUACAAUAUGAUUUUGAAUAUUGAGCAAAUUUCGCCCAAGAAAAAAAACAUUGUCAGAGCGGUCCAAAAGUUUUUCAAAAGACGUUUUGUCACUUACCAAUACCCAAUUUCUGAAAUCAACGACCGAGCUUCUGUCAAUGUCAACCCAGCAUCAUCGCCAUCAUCCUUGACUGCCGCAUCCGUUUCAUCGGUCCUCCAUUGCCCGCCACCACCCUAUCCGAAAAUUGUCGGACUUGCCGCACUGAUGACAAAGGAGGAACCGGCUGACCUUUAUUCUCAAUUUUCAGACGAGACGAUCAAAAAGAGCAAAAAAGACAACAUUGCCUGCCGCGAAGCGGCAGGCCCUGUGAACGACGAACCUGCGCAUGCGCAGGACUCGCCAGGGUUUGUCAAGCUCAAGGCGCAGAUGAAUCGGCAGCUCAAGACGUCGUACAAGCUCUCCAAGUUGACAAAUGCACCGACGCCGUCAAGAGUGGUGCUCGACUCGGGCGAACAACAUCGUCGCCGUUUAGCCGAUCGUUGUGGCACCGCAAGUCCAAUGGGGACCUAUUUUCGUAAAAAGGCUCAGCUCAGGAAAGCUUUGCAGCCGCCGCCGCCACCGUUGCCUGAGAUGCCCGCCGAUAAUCAAGUUCAACCACCAGAGAAGAUGGGCGUCGCACUCACAACAUUUGCGCCAGCGGUGAGACAGAGCGACAAAAAGUACAUGGAACAACCUGUCGCCAAUGACCAAGAGGACGGUGCAGCCAGAGACGGUUUCUUUGGUCACAAAACUCCCCAAGGAUUCGCACAAUGUUUUGAGUCGAGACCGCGAUUCAUGUCUACAAAACUGCUCGAAUUCUCAGACGACGACGAAGACGAGGACAAACAGUCUGACAAUUACUUUGGUCGUGGACAAGCCCUCAGCGCAAAAAUCCUCGUCAAAGUCGAAUCAGCGUCGCCCCCGCCACCGCCGCCACCACCAGGCGGAAAAACAGAGCCCAAAGAAGAGCCAAAAAUGGAGCCAAAAGAAGAGCCGGAAGACGAAUUCAUACCGAAAAAAGAAAAAGUGGAAACAAAAUCGGAACCACAAGAAGCAGGUGGCGAAUCUGUGCUCUUUAUUGAUGAAUGCGGCAAUCGACACCACGCCGUAGUUGGAACUCGCCUCCUUUCUAGCUGCACGCCUGAGCCAAGCGACGAAGAACUUGUAGAUGUCGUCUCUGUGAGUGAAACUAUUACAACGAAUAGCAGCAGCGGAUUUGGCUCGGAAACGUCCUCUUCGCUCUUUUCUUCUUCCACUACGACUACCGGGUCAACUUUGACCGAUGUUACAGAAUCAAGCGAGGAGCAACCUAAACCAAAGAAAAAACGCGCUCGCCGAACUACUCCUGCUGAUUUCAAACCACGACGAUCCGCACGCAUCCUUUCUAAAAAAGAUGGAACUUGUGGGGUCGACGAAAAGACGCAUGCUGAACAAGGCUCUGGCAAGCAAUUAUCAAACUCGAUUCUCUCGGCUCGAUCAACCUUUGCCCACCACCACCACCACCAACUCGAUCAAGCCCGAAUUUAUUCACGAAAUGAGUUUGUUGUCCACGCGAAUCCAGCGAAUAAUCACAGACGAGUUGUCAAAAAACCCGACGACAACGACGACCAAAAAUGCGGAAGCCAAUCUCAAGUUUAUGAAGAGAGCUCUACACGUGGUGGAAACAACUCGUUGCACUCCAGUCUUUUAUGUCGACAAGGAGAAAAAGUCGGAGACGUUGCUUUAUCCGAUGAUGAGCGACGACGACAAGUUCCUGCUAAUCUGUUAUCACUUUGUGGACAAGGCACUUGCUGUGACACCGCCGCCAGUUCCAGCGACACCGCCAACGACCCAGUCAAAUCCAACAACACAGUCAACGCCAACGACACAGUCAACGACACAGUCAACGCCGCCUCAAAAAAGCGACAUCAACGAGUUUGCUUCAGCUCAAGGAUUAAAUCAACAACACGACACCGUAUCGAUCGAAAUUUACGAGCCCGAAUCCGUCUGCUCGGAACCGGAGAGUACACAAUCCCCCCACUUGCGAAAUCAGGCUCAAUACUGCGAGGAAAACGACCUGCCAGCGCCUCCUCGUCGUCGUCUUCGGACAGCUCUUUGGACAUUUUUUCCGGGAUCGACUUGCCGGAACAUGUGCUCGAUAUUGGGGAUAUCCCUGAUCCUGUCGGCCUUGUUGAUGCUCUUCAUUAUCCUAGUGAUCAAGAAUUAUGCAGAUGCUCUUAUCUCAACUCGCCAACAUCAAUUUAUGGAUCUCGACAGCGACAGAGAUCUACAAUGUCGCAUACAGAUACCGCCAGUGUUUUCCCAGGCCUUGAUUCGCUUUUUAAACAGUCUUCAAAACGAGUACCGCUGGUCGAUGCCCCACAACUCGACGAGCGAUUAGUAACUGGACGCUUUGAUUUCAAUACAAAUACAGACGAUUACGCCUUUGAAUCUGCAAUCAAAGAAACGAUUUUCACCGCGUGUAAAAACAAACAAGGCUUCUUUACAUCUUGCGCCAUGCAAUUUACGGACAUUGGUGCUGCCGAUACCGAUUGGCGUAAAAAGUUGGUUCAAGACACGACUCCUGACGAUUGGAACAAAAUCCGGAACAGAAUUGCCGCCGAUCCUGGCGCGGGAAGCCCAAUUUUGCUCCCAUUUGAAGAUUCGCCAUUUUUCACGAUUUCGGAUCAACAAACUUUGGAAUCAACACAAUACGCCGCGCUCUUUAAGCAAAAUCAAACGCCUGCCGAGACAAUUGACGCGUGGAGAAAUAUGCAAUCGGAAAAAAGUAUCGACUUGGCGCCUGAUCAAUUACUUGGAAAUACGCCGCCAGAAGUUGUGAAUCUUUGCGACGACGACGACUACGAGGAAGUAACAAGCGCUUUGCAGGAGCAGACGGUUACGACAAGCUCUCAAAACGCAUGUAUUCCGCAAGCUCAGACGCCGGACUCGUUGUCAGCGUCGACAGCCGAAUUGAGCAGCGAUCAAGUCGUUCCCCAGCAAUCGUCUUUGCAAGCGACAGUCAAGAAAGAGCACACGCCGAUAUGCAGCAAGCCGAAUUCUCCGACUCUUCAUUCACCCUUGACGACUACCUUGGCAGCGACGACUUUGAUGCAGUCUUAUCCCUCGCAAGCGCCUACACCGAUUCCCACCCGUCCGCCCCAAUGUUCGACACCUGCACCGAUUCCCGCGCCGAUAGAUGCAAAUCUCAAUGGAAUGACCCCUUGGCCUCGCCAACUCUCGGAGGAUGGUCAAUGGAGCAACUGCCCGUAUACCAACUACUGGAACCAAUUUCAACCUCCUCUUGCUUUUCCAGCGGCGCCUCACCCGCCACCUCCUCCAGCUCCAUAUCAACCACCGCAGAGAUUUCCGCCAACGUUCUUCCCCAGCCAACAGUAUCCAGCUCAUUACGAUUAUUAUCGCCAGGCUCGACCGAUGCCGACGUCUCCAGUGCAGCAGCAGCAGCAACAGCCACCGCCGACCUCGACUCGAUACUCUGCCUCGUUGACGACAAGCCUCGAGUUUCUAAAUCAAGAGACUUACUUUGUGGUCUCAAAGGACAAGAUUCGGAUUCGAGCUCAACCGUGCCUCCACUGCUUCCCAAACCGGACGCUCAAUCCAGCAAUCGUGUUGCAGUAUCACAAUGAUCCGCCCCCUGAAACGCCAACUGCUACAAAACGAAACACCGACACGCUCUUGGACAAUGAUGCUCCAAAAUUGAAAAAAUAG